AUGGGCCAGAUGAUGAGCUUCCAGGACUCCAAGAUGCUGCCGGCGCCGAUUCAGGAGGUGCUGCAGAGGGUGCAGGACCGCGCCGACUACAUGCCCGCGUGGCAGCGAGACAGGGUGCUGGUGAGCAACCUCGGCGAGAACUGGCGCGACCUCUUUAGCGAGUUCGAGGAGACGCCCAUUGCGGCCGCGUCGAUUGGGCAGGUGCACAAGGCGGUGCUCAAGUCUAAUGGCAAGCGGGUGGCCGUCAAGAUCCAGUUCCCCGGUGUAGCCGACUCCAUCAACUCGGACCUGGACAACCUGGGCAUCCUGCUCAACGCGACCAAGCUGUUGCCCAAGGGCCUGUACCUCGACAAGACCAUCGACAACGCCAGGCUGGAGCUUGGCUGGGAGUGCGACUAUGAGCGCGAGGCGCAGUGCGCGAUCCGCUACAAGGACCUGCUCAAGGGCGAGGAGGACGUCUUCCUGGCGCCCGACGUCCACCUCGAAGCGUCGGGCAAGCAGGUCCUCACAAUGGACUUUAUGGACGGCAUCGGCGUCACGCGCGUCUCCUCGUUCACGCAGGCCCAGCGCGACUGGAUCGGCACGCAAAUCAUGCGCCUCUGCCUGCGCGAGAUCACCGAAUUCCGCUUCAUGCAGACGGACCCCAAUUGGACCAACUUCCUGUACAACGCGAGCAUCAACAAGCUCGAGCUGCUCGACUUUGGCGCCUCGCGCGAGUACCCGGAGGCGUUUGUGCGCGAGUACGUGCAGCUGCUCGAGGGCGCCUCGCGCGGCGACCGCGAGCGUGUGCGCGUUCUGUCCGAGAGCCUCGGCUACCUGACGGGCCACGAGAGCAAAGCCAUGCUCGACGCGCACGUCGACUCGGUGCUGACCAUUGCGGAGCCGUUCCUCGCGUCGGCGCCCGCCGUGUACGACUUCAAGGACCAGACCAUCACGGAACGCGUCAAGGCGCUCAUCCCGCUCAUGCUCAACGAGCGCCUCGCCCCGCCGCCCGAGGAGACGUACAGCCUCCACCGCAAGCUGAGCGGCGCGUUCCUGCUGUGCGCCAAGCUCGGCUCCAAGGUCCCGUGCCGCGAUCUCUUUGUCAAUGCCAUUGGCAAGUCGGGCUAUGUGCAAAACUAG